UCAAUCGAUAAAACUUUAUUUUAAGUGAUUAUAGAUUUUUAUUAUUCCUAAUUCACCACUAUAUAUUCCAAAAUUUAUAAAACGGAGCGAAAAACGUCAAUAAAAAUGUUAUUCCCUACAUUAUUUACUACAUUGGUUUUGAGCGUCAAUGCAGCGUACCACAGUAACGACGACGAUGCAUGUCAGGCUACAGGAAAAUCGGUCAGUACAAACAAUUAACUUUACAUUGACUUAUUGACAUUGAUUCUCCUUCACUGACUUGAAAGUGUAAUCCGGAGGACGCAGUUCCGUGCUGUGACGAUGCAGUUUCAUGCCAAGCGAGUGAGACGCCCGGGUUGUACAUCUGCAUGGAACAAGAACAAUUGGGAUCGCAAUGCAUCUACUCUUCCGAUUGUUUAAAAUUCCACAACACCGACUGUAUUAACAACAAGUGUAGAUGCAGUUCUAACUACAUUCAAUUAAACUCCACAUACUGUGCCCCAAAAUUGGGCGCCUAUUGCGCUAGAGAAGCCUGCGCAGCUGGAAAUUCUGUCUGCAUUGAUUACAAGUGUCAAUGCAGUCCGAAUUUCUUAAAAUCUCACGAUCGCUGUCUUGCAACUAAUUUGAACCAAUCGUGUUCCAUCAAUGCAGAUUGUGACGGAAUUCCGUUCGCAGAAUGUUCCACCGCAAAAACAUGUUCCUGUCGAUUGAAUUACAUUCAACGUGGGUCUAAUCAAUGCCUUUCAGCCCUGGGCGAAGCCUGUUCCGAGCAUAGUUCCUGCGCAGCUGCUAAUUCGCUGUGCAUUGACUAUAAAUGUCAAUGCAAGCCAAGAUACGCCUCUCUGUCUAACUCCGAAUGCGUACCACUUCGCAUCAAUGGAGUCUGCAGAGACAAUUUUGAUUGUCAGGAUGUGUUAAAUACAAUUUGUACUGAUAAUAAGUGUCAAUGUGACCAAGAUAGCUUUGAAGUGGACGGCAAGUGCGUAGCACUUUUAGGCGGAUUUUGUUCCACAAACAGCGACUGCAUCACUGGAAACUCGUGCAUUGAUCAUAUCUGUCAAUGCAGUCAUAAUUACGAACCAAUCGGUCAGAAUAGCUGCAAGCCAAAAUCAAUUGGAAAAGCGUGCAAACUCGACGAAGACUGCGAUUUCAUUAAAAACGCCAAGUGUGCUGACAACGUGUGUCAAUGCAGGGACAAAUACUUUGGAAAAAGCGAUUUUUUGUGCUCACCAAUCAUCGGCGGUCGCUGUUCUCACAAAUCUGAGUGCUUUUUCAACAAUCUCGAGUGCAUUGACGGCCAAUGUCAAUGCAGUGAGGGAUUAUCGGCGAUUUCAAGUAGUCAAUGCUUGACAACUUCUUUGAUGUUUUCUUGUCAGCAUGUCUCAGAAUGCGCCGACACUUCGCACUUUGAAUGUUUGAACAAUAAAUGUGUCUGCAAAGCUGAUGAUAAUAUUUCGUUGAGUGGAGCGAUGUGCUUGCCACUCCUUGGCGGGAUUUGCUGGAAGAAUGAUCAAUGCAUUCCUGAGAAUUCGGCCUGCAUUGACUUUAAGUGUCAAUGUAAUCCUGGUUACAUAGCUGCGGCUAAAAACUUGUGUGUGAAAAUAUGA